CUGGGUACUUUGUCGCGCGGCCGCUUCCCCCCCGGCCGGGGCCCCGCCGUCCCGUGUUCCACCGAGCGCCUGGCCCCCGGGGGGAGGGUGGGAGGGAGGGAGCAGGGUCGGUGGGCGCCAGCGGCGCACAGCGGGACCCACGGAGCCCCGCGACCCGCCGAGCCUGGAGCCGGGCCGGGGCGGGGAAGCCGGCUCCAGCCCGGAGCAAACUUCGCAGCCGGGCUGGGGGUGGCGGGGAACCCGUCCGGAGCCGGAGGAGGGGCCCGCCGCGGGCCCUCCCGCCGCUGCUCUCGCGCCUCCGGGCACCAUGCUGUCCAACUCCGGUGCUGUUCCCCAGCCCGCCGCCGCCGCCGCCACCGCACCAUGCUGUCCAACGCCGGCGAUGUUCCCCAACCCGCCGCCGCCGCCGCAGCCCCCCGCCCCGGCCCAACCUCACCCCCCGGUCCAGCCGCCGCCGCAGCCCCCGCAGCAGUUCCCCCAGUUCCACGUCAAGUCGAGCCUGCAGAUCAAGAAGAACGCCAUCAUCGACGACUACAAGGUCACCACCCAGGUCCUCGGACUGGGCAUCAACGGGAAAGUUUUGCAGAUCUUCAACAAGAGGACCCAGGAGAAAUUCGCCCUAAAAAGCAAGAAGCGGGGGAAAAAAAGUCUUCCAGUAAACUUCAGAAAAAAGAUCUGGUCUUUGAAGGAUGGUUGUUCUCCCCUCCCCCGCAGGGAUUUUUUAGUUUGUAGUCUUUCUCCCAUCCUUCCUCCCCCGCCACCCCUGCCACUGUCCCUCUUCUCUGAGGGCCUGUGUCUCUGCAGCAGGCUGAGUACCUCUCCCGAGAGGAGGCAGUCAGUAACUUGGUCUGAGGGAGCCUUGAGAAAGCAACUUGUCCAUUGGCUACAUUCCAGCAGAUGGUCAUCUAGCCCAGUUGCUCCCAGCCAAGUCGACUGUCAGAAUCACCUGUCAUGGAAGCAACCUAAAUGCCCACUGACAGAUGAAUGGAUAAAGAAGAUGUGGUACAUAUAUACAGUGGAAUAUUAGCCGUAAAAAGGAACGAAAUUGGGUCAUUUGUAGAGACGUGGAUGGA